UACUCACGGUAAACGCGGUACAGGUGAUUAUUGUCUCCUCUUAUUACCAAGAGACAAUGACACUUUAUCCACAAUCCAAUGUCUUUCCCUCUCUCUACCUUCUUCUUCUUCCUCGUCAUCAUUUUGAUUAUAGAAAAGCUUGAUCAAUUUUGCUUCUUUGCACCCAGAAGCUUCGAUCCCACUCUCCAUAGACUCUCUCAAUUUCAACUUGUAUGAGCUCCAUAGAUGUGAUCUCUCUCUCUCUCUCUCUCUCUCUCUCUCUCACACACCUAGAAAACCAAAAAAGUUCCCAUUAUUUGGGUGAGAACAGAGAGGGAAAUGCCAAGCGUAGCUGUGAAACUCUACAGCGUCUUCUUCAAGCUCCUCCUCAAACACCGUCUCCAGAACCUCAUCUCAUCUCCCCCCGACGACAACGCGUCGCCGGAUCCCUUCGGCGUCUCCACCCGAUCCGAUGAAUCCGUCGCCGCCGCGAACCCGUCCUUCACCGACGGCGUCGCGACCAAAGACAUCCACAUCGAUCCGAUGACGUCGCUCACGGUCCGCAUCUUCCUCCCCGAAUCAGCUCUCUCUCCGUCCGAGCUUCGCCGCGGAGACGACGAUUCUCAUCCUCACAAUCCCAGAUCCGAUCGGAGACAUAGCCACGCCGUCAUCCCUCGUAACCAGGCCUCUCCGGGGAGGAACGAGUCUCGGAGGAAGAGCUACGAACCUUACGGAGGAUACGCGCCGUCGGCGAAGAGGAGCUCGCGGAAACUGCCGGUGAUGUUGCAGUUUCACGGCGGAGGUUGGGUCGCCGGAGGAUCUGACUCGGCGGGUAACGACUUCUUUUGCCGGAGGAUAGCUAAAGUGUGCGAUGUGAUUGUGUUGGCAGUAGGGUAUAGGCUUGCGCCUGAGAAUAGGUAUCCUGCGGCGUUUGAGGAUGGGGUUAAGGUGCUGAAUUGGCUUGGGAAGCAAGCUAAUCUAGCUGAUUGUUGCAAGUCUUUGGGUAAUAAUAGACGCGUUAAUGGGGUUGAGUUGAAGAAACUGAAUGUUCAAGGUCACAUUGUUGAUGCUUUUGGUGCUUCUAUGGUUGAGCCUUGGCUUGCAGCUCAUGCUGAUCCUUCCAGAUGUGUUCUUUUGGGGGUGAGCUGUGGAGGGAACAUAGCAGACUACGUAGCUCGGAAAGCAGUGGAAGCUGGGAAACUUCUAGAGCCUGUUAAAGUCGUUGCACAGGUUCUAAUGUACCCUUUCUUCAUCGGGAACAACCCAACACAGUCGGAGAUAAAGCUGGCAAACUCUUACUUCUACGAUAAGCCUGUCUCUGUUCUCGCCUGGAAACUCUUCUUACCAGAGAAAGAGUUCGACUUCGACCACCCGGCAGCAAACCCGCUUGCUCAUAACCGGAGUGGACCGCCUCUGAAGCUAAUGCCUCCAACGCUUACGGUAGUGGCGGAGCAUGACUGGAUGAGAGAUCGAGCCAUUGCUUACGCCGAGGAGCUUAGGAAAGUAAACGUAGAUUCUCCAGUUUUGGAAUAUAAAGACGCGGUUCAUGAGUUUGCAACGCUUGAUAUGCUUCUCAAGACUCCUCAGGCACAGGCAUGCGCCGAAGAUAUUGCUAUUUGGGUCAAGAAAUACAUUUCGCUCCGAGGCCAUGAGUUCUCUUACUAAGACUAAUACACUGUUAACUAUUAUUGUUACUCAUUAUCUUACUUUUUUUUGUAUGUAGCAAAGAUUUUGUGAUUAGGAUUAGAGACGAUUCAAGAUUUGAGUCUUUUUUUGGUUUAAUGAUGUAUUCAUAUGUACGUAUUCUGAAAUCUGAAUAAACCACCUUGGUAA